ACACAAAAGCACCCAGAGAACAUAUUGUCACAGAAACACCAGUGAUUCAUGACUUAAGUUAAUGAGUAACUUCAGAGGAAAACUACAAGGGUAUCCUGCCUUUAAAACAGACAGAGAGCCCACCGUGGACUUCACAGCACAGGAAUCACAUCUACGAUUUUCUUAAGAAGCCUGAAAUACAAAGAUAAAAAUGCAUAAACUAUUGAGUUAUUUUAUCCUGAUUAUAUGGCUCUCCUCUGUCGUGACCAACCGUGUGUAUGUACACCCCUUUGGCCUGUUUGCCUUGGACAAUGUCAGUUGCGAGACUGUAGAGGCCCAAGUUGAGAAGCCCUUGAAGACAGUUGAACUAAUUCACAUAGAACCACAGGACAGCAUAGAGCCUGACAUCCACACGCAAAAAGGCGUGGAGAGCAGGAAGAAAAGCAUCACCCAACAUAUCUCAGUUCUUGCCAGCCUACAAAAUUCCCUCGGCCUGAGGCUUUACCAAGCCUUAAAGAAACAGAAGACCACAAACACCCUGUUCUCGCCCGUCAACACCUUCGGAACACUAGUUAACUUCUACCUUGGGGCCUCCAAGCAUACUGCCAAGAACCUCCAGCAGUUCUUGGGGCUGGUCAAAGAGACGGAUUCAGAAAAAUGUGUUUCCCUGUUUGACGGACACAAAGUGCUCCAAACCCUUCAGGACAUCAGCUCCUUAGCCAAAGGGACAGAGGAUGAACUCAGGACAGUGACAUGGACCUUUGUCAGCAGAAAGGCAGACUUGUCAGAGGACUUUGCCCUAGGCACCCAAGAUUUAUCAGAUGCCUCCUACAUCCGAGCAGUGGAUUUCUCAAAGCCCCAGGAGGCUGAAGCCAGGGUAAACUCCUUUAUUCAGACGAUGUCCUCAGGGAAAAUCAAGCACCUGUUCAAAGACAUCAGACCUUCCUCAGAUCUCCUGUUUGCCAGCUCCAUUCAUUUCAAGGGGAACUGGGGAAAUGCAUUCCAACCCGAGGUCACUUCCCUACAGGAGUUCUGGGUCGAUGAAAAAACCAGUAUUAAGGUGCCCCUGAUGACGCACACUGGAAACUACAAUUAUCUAAAUGACAAAGGCGGGAAGUGCGCCGUUGUCAAACUUCCCUUGAGCAAGAAGACCUACAUGCUUCUGGUGCUGCCCCAUGAGGGGACUCAUCUUGAUCACAUAGAGGCUAAACUGUCAACCACUCUCAUCUCCACAUGGCAUCAACACCUGAAGGAAGGACUCCUGAAGUUGUCCGUCCCCAAGUUUUCCAUUGACACUGUGAAUGACCUCAAGGUCACUCUCUCUCAUAUGAAGCUUCCAGAUUUGCUGGGCAGAGGUGCUAGUUUCCAGAGACUCAGCACCAAAGAAAACUUCACUGUUGACCAGGUACUGAACAAGGUGACAUUGGAAAUGUCUGGAGAUGGAUCUGAAGACCUGGACAGGACCCAGAAUGCAGGACCUGCCCUGAAGCUCACAGUCAACAGGCCCUUCCUGUUUACCAUCGUGGAGGGCAACUCGGAUGCCAUCCUUCUGUUGGGGAGAGUGACUAACCCUACCCAGUGAGGAAAACAUGAAAUAACGGACUGCAGACAGUUAACACAGUGCUAACCCUAAAACACAAACAACUAAAAAUUACUUUUUAUUAUACUUUUUUCACAUUAAACUGAGUGUGGCUGGCAUUAUGCCAGGGGAAUUAAACAUGGUACCAAAUGUUGUUUUUUAUACCUCAACUAUUUAUUUGAUGUUUUAUAAAUAUAGUGCAGACUAUUUUAUCUAUUCACAAAUGAACAUAAUUGUGAAUUUCUGAACUGAUCGCAGCAAAGGUGAUUUACAUACAAUUGACAUUUUAAAAAAGCAUAUUAGGAUACAUAAUUUUGGAUUUUAUGGAUUUUACUGCAUGGUUUUUGCUUUAUUUUCAGGAUUCCGUUUAUAUGAUAAUGAUAAUUUAUUGCCUAUUAUCAAUGUAAAGACCAGUGAGGAAAUAAAUACAGGGUAGGCUUGCACAGUUAAUUCAUCUUUUAAACUCCAAAUUUGACACAAUGUUUAAAUUUAUUUUUACUAUCAGUGGCUUCCUUUUACAGAUUUAUUGGAAGCUACACGUUGUAUCACACAUUUAAACAACAAGGCAUUAAAAAACAAUAUGACUGAAAGCAGAGUAUUGAUGAAGACUGUAUUAUAUCUAUUGUAUAGUUUUUCAUUUAUAUUUAGUAUAUGAAUAAACCGUUUUCUGAAAA